GUCUGAAUCUGAUCGUCUUCAACAUCUGAUCGAGCUGUGAUCCCUUCUGAAUCUUACCGCGAAGGCGCGAUCAAGCACACGGCCAAGCGCAGCGAUUCCGAUGUCGCCCAUCGGGAGGUUCGUGCUCUUCUUGACCCUGUUUGCUGCAUGGCGCCUCCGCUCGACCUUGUUCGCCGAGGCGCCUCCAGCUCCUGGUGUCGACUCCGCGUCCGCGAUCGGGAACGCAUCGUGCGUGGCCCUUGCCAGGGAGGCCGGCGUCCGGGCGGAAGGUGGCACCGGGCGCAACUUCGUCAUCUCGCCGCUGUCCAUCCACGCGGCGCUCGCUAUGGUGGCCGCCGGCGCGCGGGGCGACACGCUUAGAGAGCUCCUGGGGUUCCUUGGGUCGUCUUCGCUCGACGCGCUACACCGCGCGGCGGCGACCGAGCUCGUCGGCAGGCUCAACGACAUAGCGCAGACGUCCUUCGCCAGCGGCGUGUGGGUCGACCGGAGGUGGGCGCUAAGGCCAGAGUUCACGGCCACCAUCGCGUCGCGGUACAACGCCACGGCGGAAUCCGUGGACUUCGUGUCGGGGGCCGAGCAGGCGAGGCAGCGCGUGAACGCCUUCGUGGCGGACGCGACCAACAAGCAAAUCCUCGAAGUCCUGCCUCCGGGCUCCGUCAACUCCGUCACGGCAGUCGUCCUCGCCAACGCGCUCUACUUCAAAGGGGCGUGGACUCAGCCGUUCGAUGUCUCUACCGCGCCGUUCCACAUCCCAGGCGGCACCACCGUGCGCGUGCCAUCCAUGACGACAAGCGAGUCACAGCACAUCGCGGUCUACCCAGGCUUCAGGGCCCUCAAGCUGCCGUACAAGAACGGCGUGCAGCAGCAAGCUGAAUUCUACAUGCUUAUCCUACUACCGGACAGGGAUACUGUCAGUCUUGCCGAUCUGUACGACAAGGCCGUGUCUACGCCGGAAUUUUUCAAGACGCACACACCAACAGGGAAGGUUCCAGUCGGGCGGUUCAUGGUCCCCAAGUUCAAGUUCACAUCCGAGUUUGAAGCGUCAUCCGACAUGCGGAAGCAUGGUGUCACUAGGGCUUUCGAAAGCGGCGGCUUCUCUGGCAUGGUGACUGGCGGGGAUAAGGGGCUUGCCAUCACCACGGUGCACCAUAAGGCCACCGUCGAGGUUGACGAGGUAGGCACGGUGGCCGCCGCUGCCACGGCCGUCGUAAUGGGGUUUGGUAGUGCGGGUCCAAGGGCACCACAGGAUCUGGUCGAUUUUGUGGCGGAUCGGCCUUUCUUAUUUGCCGUGGUAGAGGAGGGGACAGACGCAGUGUUGUUUCUUGGUCAUGUGGCUAAUCCUCUAGCUCAUUAA